UGCAAUAGCUAAAGACGCACGCACCGUCCGCGCUGUAGAAAGCCGCUGCAAAAUUCGUUGGACACGUAGUGAGACCGCGUUUUGGGACGGGAACCUGUCGAUAUAUGUGUUGUCGAUAGUGAGAAAGUAGUUGUGUUGUGUCAGUGCAAGUGUUAAGUGACUUUCGCUCUUACUGUUCGUGCAGGAUGAAUAUACGCAACAUGAAGGUCUGGGCGUUCGUCUUCUGUCUGUCUACAUCGAUAGCGGCGCCAGUGCAGCAACCUGCGCCGCUAGUUCUGGACAUCAUAGACAUGGCAGCCAUCAGCAGGAUGUCACCGCAACAAUUAGAAAUAUUAGCGGAGGGGUUAGCGGCUGAAGAAAUUAUGAGAACGAAGAGAUCAUCAGCUCAAGCGCUAACGUCAGUGGUGUCUAAAGCAUCAUCAGCAUCAAGUUUGCAAGGCAAGAUUGGUCUGCUGGGACAAGCUUCUGCCGGUGCUGCUACCCUGAUCGCGUCAGCGUCCAGCAAAACAGGUCACGACAGUCACGACCACGGAUAUUCAUAUGAACCGCAUGAAGAAAAAUAUGACUACUGGGGGCUGAAGAAGUCUAUCCUAUAUACAUUAUUCCAAGCAGUGAAGGCGAUCACUGGAGGUGUGACCAUCUUGAAAGGUCAACUCAUAAAGGGCGGUGGAGCUCUAGCGAGCACCCUGGGAAAGGUGAUAUCGGUCAAGGGCGACGCUGUUAGUCACCUUGGCAAGAAAAUCGUCAGCUCGGCUGCAUUGGUUGAAAAGAAACCUUCAGGACACGUGUACGGUCCACCACCCGCGCCGCCCGCGCACGUUGAGUACGGCCCCCCAACUGGAUACGGUGCACCCACCGCGCCUGCGCACUUCACGCACACCGGCCCCGCCGCGCCGACAGGGUUCGCUGCACACAAAUAUCCAGCUCAUUUGGACGGACGAGAUAAACUGAAUGGGGUGCACGCUGGAGUAUUAUUACUGACGCCCCUGGGUGAUGCCGUACCAAGUCAGACCCAAGAAGCCCCAAGUAUUGGACACACACCGCUGGAGCCACCGCCGUCGAUUCUCCACAAAGUUUAUAGUGCGAUCAAAAACGUUUUUUCCUCAGCUGCACCAGAAUAUGCGGCAAAUGACAACUCCCUGGUCCACCAUCCACCGCCUCCACCUCAACCAGUCCCUCCUUUCAAGCCGAUGACGUGGGGAGCAGUUAAUUCUUAUGGCGAGCCAGCGAUGGCUGACGCUUACUCCGAUUAUGACCCUCGAAACCCACAUCCACCUUUCGAGCAAGUGGCUUCCAAAAAGUCAAUCACUCCACAUGUAGCCCAUAAAGUCCAACAGGGUUUAACUCCUGCUAAGAUCCAAAAGAUCAAGCGGAAUCUUAAUAAAUUGGCAAUGUACAUGAAUGAACAUAUUCACAGGUCUUCCGAGGACCUUCCCACUUUUACAGGACUGGAAAAAUAUAAGGAAAUGAUAAAAAAGGGCCAAGUCCCUCUAUUUCCUACUUCUGUAGUUACUGAUGACGAAAUUGGCGUGCUCCCAGCUGAGUUCCUUCCCUCCGAUACUCUUACCACAACUAGUACCCCUACAAGUAGUACUACUACCAAGAGUACCACUAUAAGUAGUACUGUCACAACAACGACCACUAAAACUACAACAAAGACUAAUACAACAACAAAUAACAACAACAGAAGCAAAGACGCUAAAUACUAUCUUCGCGGAAACAGAAUUGUUCAAGUUUGAAAUCGACUGACCGAUAACUGACUGAAGAAUUUCCUGUCCAUGGCACCGUAUUGGACUCAGAAGACUUGCAACACUACUACGCAUAGAAUAGAGUAUAGAAUCUCCUGCCGACUAACUCAGUGAUGUAGAGAAUAGGAAAUACAAAACAAUCAAAAGUACAGUUUAUAAUGUAUAUCACUUGAUUGUAGUUUUAGACAGUAAGAAUUAGGUGUGGAUAAUAUAUAGCAGUAUCUGUAGAUCUAUUGUAGUUACAAUAUCUAUAUAUUGGCCCAGUAACGGAUAUUUCAAAUACCGGCUAUCCAAUGUACAAUAUCGAAAUAAAGAAUCUCAUUGAAAUAUAGAUAUCCAGUUGGUAUGUGCGAUAUCGAAGUGGGUAAAUAAUGUUUUAUUUACGCAAUCAAUGUUCAGAGGAUAUCCAUAUUAUACCAUGCCUUGUAAGUAUUAAUAAAACUGUCCAAUUAAUUGGUGCCUCGAAUUUUUUGUUGGUUUUAAAGCUAAUAGAAAAUUAUUUCGUGAAAUAGUUUUAAAAUCUUUAAUUUAUUUUCCUCUUAUUGUAUCUUUUAAUUAUAAUAUACUUAUUAUUAUUUUUUUAAAGAAAACCCAUUUCCUUUUAUAUAUACAUGUUAUAAGUAUACAUAUGUAACUGUUUUUUUUUAAAUAGCUCUUUGAAAAAUGUAGUUUAGGAGAUUUUAUUUUAAUCUAUAUAAUAUAAUAUUAUAACCAAAAAUUUUUUAAUAAUCGUUACAAAUAAUGUUAUAUUUUGUAUUUUUAUAAAAAAAAAUGUAAAAUUUGAGAUAUUUGUAAAUUUUAAAAUAAAUUGAUACUAUAUACCCAGUUAUGUGAUGGCGAGUUGCAAUUUUAAAUAGUUAAAUGUAAAUAUGUAUAAUAAAGACUGAGGUAAUUAGAGAUCAGAAAGUCGAGUGACGACAUUAAAAAAAAAUAGAAAAAUUAUAAAAAUAAAAUUAAAAUACGUGACUUCAACUCAAUAAUUUAUUUUGUAUAUUAUAUUGUUUUUAUAUGAAAGACCUAUUCUAAUAUGUAGUAGUAUGACUUUGUGUAAGUGAAAUAAAUUCAUGUUUCAUUAAUAAGUUAAUAAAUAAAUAGAUACAUUUUUUUUACCAUUUAUGUGCAUUAUACAUGACUAAUUAAUUAGAAAAAAAUUGUAAAAUUGUUGUAAAAUUAAUAGGUACAUAAAGUAUUCUAUGUUUAGUGUUAAGUUCACCAAAUCAAAAACAAUUUAUAAUAGUUCCUGACUACCCCAUUAUGGAAAAUAAUUGUGAGCUUAUUUAAUUUUCAUUUUAAUGAAAAAACAUGUAAUUGAAAAGUAUAUAUUAAAUAAUAAUAAAAAAAAAAUUGUCAGAAUUAAAACAAUAAAGUAAUAAAUAAUUGAUUUAAGAUAAUAAAUUUUAUCAUAAUAAAAAUCUGUAAAUAUUGCUCAGUAAUAGUUAGUUAUUAUUUAUAAAUUUUUUACUUAGAUUGUAAUAAAGUUGUGUACCUA